AUGCGCGCCACCGCUUGGGACCCCCUUGGCCGGUGUGGCCAGGGGGUGCAAAACCAAAGGCACCCCCAAGCAGUCCUGCCGUUGACCCACUGGUUGUUGUGCCCCGGCUGGGUAGGCAGCCUUGCGAACGGCAGAGUGCACAAGAAUUGGCAGCCGAACGCAUUUAACCUCUCCGCGAGGCCAUCCAGACCGGCAAGGUUGCCGGCCAGGGCUUGUCACGGAAGCUCAGGAUAUUCUGAAACCGUAACGGCCGAAGCGCAGACAUCACUGCAGACAUUUCUUGCGUGGGCAGUUGCCAACGGUGUUGAAGGCAUCGGCACAGAAGAAUCCAACAUUGGAUUGUAUGAGGCAGUUGGGGGUGAACGAGGUGUUGUUUGUGUCAAAGAUGUUCAAUGUGAUGAGAUUGUGAUGCGAAUACCUCUCUCUGCUGGCAUCAUAGACUACAAAGAAGAUGAGGAGUCAAACCAGUUGUUGUAUGAGGGGGCCCCCUGGAGUGUGCGCCUGGCGUGCAAGCUUCUGCGCCUCAAAUCAAAUGGAGGAGGCUCCCCAUGGUCACCGUACAUUAGCGUGCUUCCAAGGAAAGUGCCCUCUGUACUACAGCGGUUCGAAUGGGAAGACAUCAAGGAAAUAGAAUAUGGGGAUCUUUUGCGGAAGUUGGACUAUGAGACUUGGCUAGUCUCCUAUGCUUGGCAGAGAUUGGAUUCGGCUGCAACUGGUGGAGCCAGCAGAGAUGAGUUUGAAUGGGCGAUGUCGAUUGUGCAUUCCAGGACAUUUGGAAUGGCUGCCAAGGAGGGUGGUGUUGGCUGCCAUAUGCUGCUUCCCCUGGCUGAUAUGUUGAAUCAUGCUGGGGACAGAGUCCCAGGACUAUUCCGGUGCCCAUAUGAAAGAAUGGACAAUGUGGAAUGGAAAUUUCAACCAUCACAGCUGCACCCAUCAGAUUGGGAAUUGGUGGUGAGUGCUAUCAGGAACAUCGACAAAGGAGAAGAGGUGCUCUUGUCAUACGGCGAGCGAAGCAAUGACGAUUUUUUCCUCCACUAUGGAUUCGUGCCUCCGCACAAUCCUCACGACGAAGUUGUGUUGUUUGGUGACUUGGAAGAGGCAGUGUCGUGGUAUUUUGACAAUUACUUGUUUCAGGCAGGAGAUGACACCAGUCGCCAAUCCUUGAGGGAGGCCGCACUGGCUGCAGGCUUGGCUGCAGACACUCAGCAGCAACAGCCUCUCCGGCUGGACGGCAGUGCCGAUACGGAGGCAGGCAAGAUUCGAGUGGUAGCUGGGAGCUUCGUCGACGGGAGGUUGCUGGAGGCCUUUCAAGUUCUUGGCGAAGGGAGAGGUUUGGGUCCUGUCACAGCUGUGCAAGAGCGGUGCUGGGACAUGCUGGCAGAAAUGGCGUCUCUGGAGCAGGACUUGAGUACCCUUUCACAACGUGAAUCAGAACACAACUUCCAGUAUCUCGCCGAAUUCUACACUUCUGCAAUUGGUAAAUACGUCGAAGCCGGGGGAACUCAUCCCAAUCUUCAAAAGUCCCGCGGACAGAAGCCAUCUGAGAGUGUUGAAGGAAAGCCCGAAUCGACAGCAGCAAAGCCCCUUACGCCUGCAAGCCAGGCCGCGAUCACAUUUCGCGCAUACAAGAAGAUAAUUCUUUGGGACGUCAUUUUAGGCCUGGCCAGGCUUUGA